UCACUGGGUAAAAAUCUGCCUGCAAUGCAGGAGACCCACAUUCCACCCUGGGUUGGGAAGAUCCCCUGGAGAAGGAAAUGGCAACCCACUCCACUAUUCUUGCCUGGAGAAUCCCAUAGACAGAGGAACCUGGCAAGAUACAGUCCAUGGGGUUACAACAGUCAGACAUGACUUAGCAACGAAACAACCACCACAGUAAACUAGUAACAUGAAAGAAUUCCUGAAUUUGUUACCUCAUUUGUGAAAUAAUAGCACCUCAGUUUGUAUGAGGAGCAGAGAAAUUUGUAUAAGGCCCUUUGUAAAGCAUCUAUAUAAAGGGAAAUUGGAGAAGUAAACUAGAAAGAAAAAUCACUUUAACAAUAGAGAAAAUGAUUGUUCAUGUUUUGCUGUAUCCUAUUAUAUACACAAAAUUAACCAGAGGGGAAAAGUAUGGUAAUAUGUGUCAACUUACUGUUGAGUUUUUAAAUUUAUCAGGAGGAGGUAUAUUAGCUGAUGAAUUGGGUAGGGAGGGAAGAAGUGAUUUAAAUGGAUAUACUAGAAGCCAGGAGGUAAGUUCUGGUUCUGGAUCUGUCACUAAAUGAAUUAGGAAAUACUCCAACAUUUCCUAGCUUCAACUUAAGAGUUCUGUAAAAUUCAAGUUGGAAGUAGAUGCUGUCUGAACUGGUCAUUCAGGUUUCAGGGUUUUCAAAGGAACUGGGUUUGGGAAAUAGUAUAUAACAACGUGGGAGCAGAGAACCUUGCUCUUAAAAGGAGCACGGAGAGUUGGGACGAUUGCGCUCACAACCACAUUCAGUCAUCCCCCUUCUCUUCAAUCUCUGACUCCUUGCAUAGUUACCUCCUAGACAUCCCUUACCUCGGGACCAUGCAAGCAACUACCCCCACAUCCCUGCGAGGCUACCCCGUAGGAUGGGGACAAUAGGGUUUGUGUCCCCUACUGUGACGCCUACGUGAUGUUUAAUUCCACGUCACUAUGUGCCAGGGAACCUCCACCUAGGACACUGCGCUUCUGCCAGAAAAGCCCUUGGAGGCUGCGGUUGUCUGGAUGGCGCACCUUUGCGCGUGUCCUCUGCGGCGAGAGAAGGGCUUCAUUCUGGAUGGGGUGGCCGUGAGCACCGUGGCCCGCUCCUACGAGCACCUGAGGCCCAAGCUCUGGUCCGCGAUUCCGCCCUACAACGCGCAGCAGGACCAACACUCCCGCCGGUACUUCCGGAGCCGCGUGGUUCCGCCCAUCCUAAGGAAGACUGAUCAGGAUCACGGCGGCACAGGAAGGGAUGGCUGGAUAGUGGAUUAUUUCCACAUCUUCGGGCAAGGACAGAGAUACCUCAACAGGAGAAACUGGGCAGGGGCAGGGCAUUCUCUCCAGCAAGUGACCGGGCAUGACCACUAUAAUACCAACCUGAAGGCAACCCAGGGGUUCAAUGGUCGGUUUGGCUAUCGCCGGAACACCCCAGCCCUUCGCUACUGCCCAUCUGUCUUUGGAGAGAUCACCCGGUUCCCCCUCUUUUAACAGCAGCUCUUCUCUUCA